AUGAAGGAAAACAAUAAGAGAUUAGCCACUUUAAUAAUGGAAAAACUAGGAAAUUCUUUAGAAACUUUAUUAAAUAAAAAUAAUGGAACCUUUACCCUAAAAACUACCAUAAUCCUAGUAGGAACCCCUAGAUACGUAAGUAUUAAUGUACAUGAAGGAAUAACUUAUAGUCCUAGAGAUGACCUAGAAGCUUUAGGUUAUAUUCUCAUAUAUUUCCUAAAAGGUAAAUUACCUUGA